GAACAAGCUUCAACAAACAAUUGGAUCAGCAUAAUAAUAUAAUUUCAAAAUUCAAUGAGUUAUUAGGAAGCAAGAGCAAUGUUAAGACUCAUCUUAAUAGUUGCUUGUACAUGGUUAAUAUUGGUGGGAAUGAUUAUCUUAAUAACUAUUUUAUGCCACUUUACUACAAAACAAGUGUCCAAUUCACUCCACAACAAUAUGCCAUCGCUCUAACCAAACAGCUCUCCCUCCAAUUGAAGGGAUUAUACGAAAAGGGAGCAAGAAAAGUAGCGAUUUUUGGAGGAGGGAUUGUUGGGUGUAGUCCAUAUGCAAAGGCUAAGUUUGACCACAAAGGAUCUUCAUGUGUUGACAAAAUUAACAAUGCAAUUCAACUUUUCAACAUUGGCCUUAAGUCUCUUGUUAAGGAUUUUAAUACCAAUUUUGGUGAUGCCAACUUCAUCUUCAUUGACGUCUUCAACAUUGCUCUUCAUGAUACCUCUUCCAAUCAAGGUGUAAUAAAUAGAGAUAAUCCUUGCUGCGAACUUCGAGGUGAUGGACUGCAGUGUGAAGUUAAUGGGAAAGUAUGUGGCAAUAGAAGUGAAUAUAUAUUUUGGGAUGGAGUUCACCCAACUGAGAUUGGAAUGAUGACAUUGGCCACUAGAGCUUUCAAUGCCCAACAUCCUAAUGAUACUUACCCUUUUGAUAUUAAUCAUUUAGCUCAACUUUAAAAUAUCAUAUAAAUUGUACACACAAAUGUUCUAAUGCAAAUUACAAACUACCUCUUUGUACUGUGACAGUGUGCUCCCAAGUUUCUUUUCUCGUUAUUGAAAAAUCCAUUUUUUUAA